UUGAAAUAACUAAAAAUGUUGGGAAUGAAAAGCAAACAUACAUGUCCAAUGCUUACAUUUGUUCCAAAAUUUUUGCAAGAUGGGUCUUGGAGGGUUAUUUUUUGGUCAUUUUAAAUGUAAUUUUUGUGCAUAAAAUGAUAAAUAAUGCAAAACACAAUUCAUAGGCCUAAGGUUUUGAUAGAUGAACACUUGAUUUGCAUGACCCUGUUGGUGUGUAAUUAAUUAUCUAUCACCUGACACUAGAGGGAGCCCUCUGGAACUACAGUAGUCACAUGAAUCUGUCAGCUGUCAUAUCACUUUAGUCCAGUUGAGAGGAAACAACAGUGCAACAAAUGUCUCUCUACAGGAAUAUAGUGUGGUUUAUCAAAGGAAUGAGGGAGUAUACAAGGUCUGGAUUUGAGAAUGCGUCUAAGAGCUUUGUAGAAAAGGACCUGGAUGUGUCUAUGGUGGGGCGUUCCUUCAUGAUCACUGGAGCCAACAGCGGAAUUGGGAAGGCGACGGCCAUGGUCAUAGCAAAAAAAGGUGGCACUAUCCAUCUUGUCUGCAGAAACAAAGAGCGAGCCGAGAGAGCCAGAGAAGAAAUCAUCUCAGCAAGUGGAAAUACUGAGGUUUACGUCCACGUGUUGGACCUCGCUGAGACGAGAAAGGUGUGGGAGUUCGCUGAGGCCUUCAAGAAGGAGCACUCGUCUCUCAAUGUUUUGAUCAAUAAUGCCGGAUGUAUGGUGAACCAGAGGGAAAUUAACUCUGACGGACUGGAGAAAAACUUUGCGACCAAUACUCUUGGUGUUUAUAUUCUCACUAAAUGUCUGAUCCCAUUGCUGGAGAAGAGCAGGGACCCCCGAGUUAUCACAGUGUCAUCAGGAGGGAUGCUGGUACAGAAACUAAACACAGACGAUCUGCAGACAGAGAGAGCUCAGUUUGAUGGUACCAUGGUAUAUGCACAGAACAAGAGGCAGCAGGUAGUGAUGACAGAGGUCUGGGCAAAAGCAAAUCCCAAAAUUCAUUUCUCUGUAAUGCACCCUGGGUGGGCCGACACACCAGCGGUUGCCACGGCGAUGCCUCAGUUCCAUCAGAUGAUGCGUGAUCGUCUGCGUAUGGCGGAGCAGGGAGCCGACACGGUCAUCUGGCUCGCAGUGUCACGCGCCUCCACUGCAUUUCCUAGCGGCCUUUUCUUCCAAGAUCGACAGCCGGUUUCGGCCCACUUGCCCCUCGCAUGGACGCACAGCUCUCGACAGGAAGUCAAAGUGUUCGUGGGCCGGUUGGAGAGUUUGGCGAAAUUGGCGAUGACUGCCAAACCCUCAGAGUGAGAAUUUAAACAACAUGUUAGAUAUUAUACAUGUCAGAUAACUGAGACGCUAAAACAACACUCAUGCUAUGUGGAACGGAUAUGAAAUUAAACCUUAAGCUUUUUCUCGGUAACAACUAACUAGAGUAUUAGGCCUAUACGGUGAACGUGAUUUCACCAAGUACAACAUCCUUGUUGAUCCUGGAACAACAUUUCAGUCAACCAAUCAGAUUUGAGGGACAAGUUUAUGUCAAGUUUAGGCUUACAACCUGGGUUAGGUGCUUCCAAAAACAGUGUUAUUCAACUGUCAUUUCCCUCUGAGUUAUGAGUAGGUUUAGGUUUAGGGGUUGGGAAAAGGUUAUUACUAAAUUUUCAGAUAGGAAUGUUGUUCCAGGAUCAACAGAAUAUGUUGAUCCAGGAACAUGUCUUGGCAAAAUCACAGUGACCAGUAUUAUACAGAGACUAAAGUAAGUCUAAAAUCAGCAUGAAACCUGAUAUAUUCGCAAAAAUGGGAUAUUUAUUGAUGUAAAACCGUGGAAUCAGAAAAAUCUAUUUUUUUGAAAUGGAAGAAUUUAUUUAAACUUUAGACAAAAUCUAGGAAAAUCUUUUUUUUUUUUUUUUAUUGAGUACCAUAUUUGAUACAUCAGGCUUUUAUGGCUCAUGUAGUAUGAAAUAUGACAAUAUGGAGCUCAUACUCGAGGAGGAAAAAAAUCACCUCAAUUUAACAGUACAGUAUAGCAGACUACUUGAAUAAAAUGUAUCUGUUGUCACUUUAUAUCUCCCAAUCAGGGCUUGACAUUAACACCUGCCAACUCGCCAAAUGCGGGUGGAUUUCAGCAGAGGCGUGUAAUGCAGUUACUUCAACUAGCCACUUUGGCGGGUUGAAUUUUAUAUAUAAAAUAAACAUUUUUGAAUUGUAGACUUUUAAAAAGGCAUCUGAAAUAAUAAACAAUGCAGUCUUGUCAAAAAAUAUACAUUUUUUAAUACAUACCGAUACUGAAUUAUCUGAAACGCUUCCAAUACUCAUUUUCAGCAGAACAGAUGAACGGAACCAGCUGCGUUUUCUCACUCUCUUGCGCUUAAUUUUACUCAUUCCCACAGAUUUUGUGCUCACACCCAAAGUGUACACAUAAAGCUGCCUCUCAGUACAAAAUUGAGUUCUUUUUUGCUGCUUAUUGCGCUUAAACAUACGUACGAAAUAAGUGUCUUGGCGAGUAUUCACGUAAACACAGUCAGUUAUGUUUUAAGUGAAAGUAAACAGUUGAGAAAGACAAUGCAUGUGUAAAAGUAUAAUGUAUCUGUGCAUCAGGUCUUAAAGUGACAGCAGCCUAAUAUAUCUGCUGCCAAAUUAUGAGAUAAUAUUAAAAAUGAUCUAUGGCUGUAUUUUCCCAUGGUAUCGAUGUCAAAACUGUGGCCAGUGAAAAUGCUGAGUGGCUAGUAACUUUGGAAAACCACUAGCCACAGUGGCUGGUGAGCAAAAAAAGUUAAUGUCAAGCCCUGCCAAUAAUAUUUAAAUUCUCAGUUUUAUGAUCAAAGCUCUGUAGUUUUUUUUGUAGGGGUAAAACAUAUAAUGCAAUGCAAUAUAAUGAUGACUGAGAGAUGUACAAAUAAACAUUCGUCAAAAGCCUGAUCAUAUUCGAUACAUUUCAACACGAUUUUUCUAAGUAAACCUAAGGUUUCCAAACAAACCUAAGUUGUUUCAGUCCAGUAAGUGUUCUUACAUCUUGAAAUAUUACUAACAGUAUAAAAGUUUCUUACAUUUACUUAAUAAUAAUCACUGGAGAUUUCACAGCAAAAAGACCUGUAUCACGACCCGAAGGGGGACGAAAUAGUAUUAUACUAAAAGGCCUUUUACUUGCUAAAAAAGUGUGAACUAUAAAUCAGACAACAGAAGGCAUGUAGUUGAUUGUGUACAACAGGUUUAUCAGUGCAGUUUUGAUCAUGCUGAUAAUUUAGAGGCUUUAGAAAUGUGAUACAGUGGGCUUUAUAGGGUUAGCAUGAAGUAGGUUGGGGUAUGAUUUCAUCCAUCCACAACUGAUCAGACUAUGAAAAGCAGUCUCCAUUAAAGGUGCAGUAGGUGAUCUGGGAAAUGCUAACGUUAGCCUGCUAGCAUUGAAAGCAUAAGAUGCUUUCUCUCCCUUCAAAUCGCCGUCCAAAGGCCACGCCUCCUUGAAAACACAUGAACGUGCACACACAGUUGCUCUUAAUAAAGUGUCACAAGAGAUGGUGUUAAACCACCUCAUGUCUCAAAGCACAUUACAUUACAAUAAUAAUCAAUGUAAACAACUCACAGAGGUUGUACCUGACUGCUGCAGAUUCAUUUCGGUGUUGAUUCAACAGUGCUUCUGAUCUGCCUGCAUUG